AUGUCAAUUCCUGUGGUUAGAACCGUCAAAGAAGUCAGAGAGUAUCGGGAAAGGUGGAGGAAAGAAGGCCAGAAAGUCGGCUUUGUGCCGACCAUGGGUUUUCUCCACCAGGGCCACCAGAGUCUCGUGAAAAAGUCUCUAAGUGAAAAUGAUGCUACUGUAGUUUCCAUCUUUGUGAAUCCAUCCCAAUUUGCACCGGGUGAAGAUCUAGAUGCGUAUCCCCGGAAUCUCGAGCACGAUCUCGGUGUUUUGGCCGAGGUGGGAGGCCCAAACCAGUCGGUGAGUCUUGUUUUUGCACCUACGGUCUCUGAAAUCUAUCCUUCAGGAAUUCCAUUAGAUGUUGCCAGCCAAAAAGGAGCAUUUGUCAAUGUUGUGGGUGUUGCAGAGCAACUAGAGGGAAAGUGCCGGCCGGCAUUCUUUAGAGGUGUGACUACUGUUCUUGCCAAACUUUUCAACAUUGUGGAGCCUAACAAUGCAUACUUUGGCCAAAAGGACGUCCAACAGACCAUUGUUGUGCGUAAGAUGGUUGCCGAUUUGUUCUUCAACAUGAAAAUUACUGUUCUGCCCAUCAUCCGUGCCGAAUCGGGCUUGGCGCGCUCUUCCAGAAACGCAUACCUUUCCGAUUCUGUCAAAGAGAGGGCCACGUGCUUGUUUAAGUCGCUGAAAGCGGCCAAGAACGAGUACGAAACAAAGCACGAGUGCAGCGUGGCCAAGUUGACGCAGUUGGUGAGGCAGACCAUCGAAUCGGCAUCGUCAAAAUUCACAAUUGACUACAUAGCGUUCAACGACCCGGAUGACCUCCACUACCUCGAGUCGAUCGACGCGUCGGUUGGCUGUAUUCUCAGCAUGGCUGUGUACGUGCCGAACGAUUUCCAGGACCAAUCCAAAGGAACAACGAGACUAAUUGACAAUUCGAUAUUUGGUCCUCUCAGGGGGUAA